UCCGAAUCUCUGUUGGAAAUGAAACUGGGGGGCAUUCCUUGUAACUAAGAAGGUGCCGGGAGUUUUCAGCAAGGAAAAAACACGGGAGGAAGGCGAAGGGGAAAAACUCCAGGGACUGAAAUCAACAGCGACCUCCCAGCAAACAAGCAAGCGACUGAUCAGCCAUUCCACGCUUAGCAUUAGAAGCGCAAGCCAGACCGCCGGGGUUAAAAAAAAGAAAAAGAAAAAAGGAGCCGGUCUGUAAGAAAUUGACCAGGCACGUCAUGGCUCCUAGUCAAUUUCAGCUUUGCAAAACCACCGUGCAGAAAAGCCGGCUUUGGAAACAGAAGGCGCUGCUCUUGGGGUGCACCCUCUGGGUUUCCCUCUGCCCCCCGAGAUGUGCUGCUUUCAACCUGGACACUAAAUUUGUGGUUCUCAAGAAAGGCAAGACCCCGAAUAGCUUCUUUGGAUUUUCGGUUGCUCUGCACAAACAAACGAAUCCGCAAAAAUAUCUGCUGCUUGCCGGAGCUCCACGAGAUGUGGCGGAGGGGCUGGAGAAUGACGCACGGACGGGUGCCAUGUAUGCUUGCCCAUUGACUAAUGAAACUGGUGACUGCGAACGGGUGAACAUCAAAGUGUCAAGUGAACCUCACAAUAAUAUCGUCCAAGACAUGUGGCUGGGGGUGACAAUAGCAAGCCAAAGAACAAGUACUGGGAGAGUAAUGGCUUGUGCUCACCGCUACACCAGGGUCUUGUGGGCUGGCAACGAGGACCAGCGGCGCAUGGUGGGGAAGUGCUAUGUCCGUGGCAACGACUUGAGCCUUCAUGAGGACGAUGAUUGGCAGACAUACCACAAUGAGAUGUGCAAUGCCAACACUGACUUUGAGAAGACUGGCAUGUGCCAGAUGGGUAUCAGUGGCGGUUUCACUGAUAGCAAUGUUUACUUUGGAGCUCCUGGGGCCUACAACUGGCAAGGCACUGAUUACGUGAUCCAUCGAGAGAGCUGGGACCAAGCCGACAUCCACUUUCCCGAUGAGAAGCACAGCAACAGUUACAUAGGCUAUACCAUUGAGGCAGGUGCUAAUGUAUUGCGCAAUGUCAACAUCACCUUCAUCACGGGGGCCCCUCGGUAUAACCACACGGGGGCUAUCUUCCUGAUGGUAUAUGACGAGAGCAGGAUUCUUCAGAAGAAACUGAUGAUCACCGGAGAUCAAGUGGGCUCGUAUUUUGGCAGCUCCAUUGCUCUAGCUGACCUCAACAAUGAUGGGUGGCAGGACUUGAUCGUUGGAGCACCGUACUACUUCGACCGAAAGGAGGAGAAAGGCGGGGCAGUCUAUGUGUACAUGAACCUUGGUGGGACAUUCCACAACACUCCCAAUGUCACCCUGACAGGCCCUAGCAAUUCAUCAUUUGGCUUGUCUGUGGCCCACAUUGGAGAUGUUGACCAAGAUGAUUUCCAAGAUAUUGCCAUUGGGGCUCCAUUUGAGGGCUAUGGGAAAGUAUACAUUUACCACAGCAGCAGCAAGAAGCUUUUUAAGAAGCCUCAGCAGAUCAUUAGUGGGGAAGACAUUGGCUCUGGAAUCAAGACUUUCGGCUAUUCCUUCAAUGGUGGAAUGGACGUAGAUGGGAACUCCUACCCUGACCUCCUGGUGGGAAGCCUGUCUGAACAACUUGUACUGCUCAGAGCCCGUCCAGUGAUCAACAUCAUCAGCAAGACUUUCAGUGUUACCCCGAGCACUGUGGACCCAGCCAGAUGUAAUGAAGUCUCUUGCAUUGAGAUUCGCCUGUGCUUCUCCUAUUCCCAAAGUGCUGGAGAUCCCAAGUACAAGGAGAACAUUGAGCUGAGUUACAUUGUGGAAGCUGACCGGGACCGCCGGCCACCUCGAGUGUACUUUGCUGGCACAAACUCUGCCAUCUACCGGGGGAGAUUAUUCAUGCCAAAAAAUAAUUGCAAAAAUCUGAAGGUCCUCCUACGGGAUGACAUCCGGGACAAGCUGCACCCCAUUGCAUUCUCCAUGAACUACUCCCUGCCUGAGAAACCCAUGCCUUUUCAGUUGGGUCUUCAGCCUCUUGACCAGUUUCCUGUCUUGAAUGAGGAUCAGGACCAUGAACAGCAUACUGAGAUCCAGUUCCAGAAAGAAUGUGGAAUUGACAACCUUUGCAACAGCAACCUGCAAGUUCAAGCGGUCUUUGUAAACGACCAAUACCAGGUGCUGCCCAGGCGGCACGGCACACAGGUGUUGCAAUACAGCCGGGAAGUCAAGAAACUGUACUUGAACAUCAGUGUCACCAAUAUUCCAUCGACAGCCACUAACGGAGAGGAUGCUCAUGAGGCCCUACUCAACAUCACCGUUCCUCCUUCUUUGCUACCUUCCUCUGUCCGGCCGAGUGGGGCCUGCAGAUUUGAGGAGACAGUCCUGUGUGAACUAGGCAACCCCUUCAAGAAGAACCAGCGGGCAGAGCUGAUUAUCACAUUUGAAGUUAUCGGAAUUACGCUGAACAUUCGGGAGCUCGUUAUACAGGUGGAGCCUUCCACGAUAAGCUCCCAAGAAAAUCUGAUGCCAGUGCAGGCGGUUUUAAUGGUGGAUUACACGGUGGACGCAACACUGAGAAUAGUCAAUCGGUGGCUGCAGUCGUAUUUCAGUGGGACGGUCAUGGGCGAGUCAGCCAUGAAGAGUGAGGUUGAUGUGGGGAGCCCCAUUGAAUUUGACUUCCUGGUAACCACAAAGGGUGAAUCUCUGGGUUCCUGGGGAACUAUCACUUUAGGCUUUGAAUGGCCUUAUGAAGCCAGCAACGGCAAAUGGCUGCUAUACCCUACAGAGAUAUUGGUAAAAGGAAAUGAGAACCGGCGCUGUGAACCUCCUGGGCAAGUUAUCAACUACCUCAACCUCACACUACUUGAUGGCCGCGGUGCACGUCGGAGGCGGGAACUGGAGGCAUCUCCAAAAACUGAACUUCCUAUCACCUUGGCAGCUUCAAAGAAAGCCAAAUCAGAAACGUCAUUGAGCUGCUCUGAAGGCACAUCCCGCUGCAUCUGGUUUGAGUGUCCCCUGCAAGACAUCGGAGCAUCAACAAAUGUGAUUGUCCGAGCAAGGGUCUGGAACAGCACGUUUAUUGAGGAUUACAACAACUUUGACCGUGUGAAGGUGGAUGGGCAGGCCAUACUAUUUCUCAGGACAAACACCUCCACCAUCAACAUGAAAAACCACACCGUGUGGUUCUCCGUGAACAUUGAUUCUGAGCUGAGUGAAGAGCAGCCAGCUGAGAUUGAGCUGUGGUUGGUGUUACUUUCUAUUGCGGCCGGCCUUUUGCUUUUGGGGGCCAUUGUUGUCGUGCUGUGGAAGUGCGGUUUCUUCCGGCGGGCAAACACACGUGCCAUGUAUGAGGCCAAGGGCCAGAAAGCCAAGAGGAAGAUCCAGCCAUCUGAAACUAAGCGACUGACCGACAGCUACUAGUUCCUGUCUCGGGGUGGGGGGAGCACUGCCCACCUCCUUGCCCCAUCUCUUGUGCAACUUUUUUAAGCGAACCCGCUACUACCGAAUCAUACCCAAGUACCAUGCCAUUCGGAUCCGGCAGGAGGAUCGCUACCAGCCCG